GGGACACGAGAGGUAACAGCUGAACGUGCAGAACUGAGAGGAACGAGGACCAUCAGAGGGACAAUCAGACGCCCCAGACGCUUCUCCUCGUGGUCUUCUGCUCUGGGAUCUACUGAACACACACACACACACACACACACACACAGCAGAGCAGCAUGAUAAAAAAAGGAGGAUUAAAUUUCCUAAACCGGAGGAAUCAGUCGCUGUUUGACAACAACACACAGUUUAAAGACCUCGAAAAUGUGGAGUUUGUGUACGACUCUGCAGUGAUCCCAGAUUCAGGAACAGCGAAGGUUCGGUCCAGACCCACUGUCAAACACUUCAGUACCUUUGGAGAUGGAGCCACUGGGUACCCUGUUCCAAUCCCAAAAGUUCCUCUUUUACCCCCUGUUAACGGAGCACAGAUCACAGGAAGUACAGACAGACUCUCCCUGAUCUCCAUUGAUGACGUUGAGGAAGGACAGAUCCUGAUUCCUCCACCACCCUCCACCGCACCUCCACCUCCACCUCCACAGUUCAUCCCUCCACCACCCGGCCAUACUGUUUCUCCACCAGCAGUUUUUGGAGAACCAAACCCACCAUCCAUGCGGCCGCCAAAACCCCCUUCCAUGGCUGCACCUGAAAACCAUGACCUUUCAGCCAUCAGGCCUCCACCUAUGACUCCCCCAAAACCUCCAGGUGCUCAAAUGAUGAUGCCACAGGACAUACCAGACUGCCCAAAAUUUACCCCUCCACUACCCCCAUCGAAGUCCCCAAUAAUUAGAAAGAUGCCUCCAGAAAAACCCACAAGGUACUCAUCCAUCCCCAACCUGGUCAUAAUCCCAUCAGGACCUACCAACCCGACAGCCAGCCACACAGUCAGGUCAGCUUCCACCUUCAACCUUCAGAACACAGCUCUAAUCCAAACAGUGCCGAAAACCAGCAUCCUGCCAGAACUACCCGAUUCAGGACAGCCCCCAGUGCCCCCGGUCAAGCCGACCCGCCGGAACAGUUCAGGCAUGAAGCUGGAGAUCAAUCAGCAGGACCUGAGGUCACAGAGGACAUUCCCGACUCCAACACCAAACAUGAUCGUUAACGGCGUACCUGAGGGGGCAGGAACACCACUGAGAGAACGGGUGCCGGGAGAGCUAUCAGCCCAACAUUUACUCCAACCGUCCACAACCCAAUCCUACAGUCCCUUACUGAGCCAUAAGCUGAGGAACCUCAAGACCAACGAAGGUUCCAGUGUGAAAGAACCUGCUGCAUCACCAUUUGCACUCUUAAUGGCAGCCAAAGAGCGAGACAAGCAGCGUUCCGGGCUUUCACGACAGAACAGCACCAAAAGCACCAGCUCUAUAGACUCCUCAGGUGCUAGCUUUCAACCCAGUGAGACAAGAUCAAACUCGUUCAUGGUUACCCCAAGACCAAACGUGACCUCCACAAAUCUCAGCCCAACCCAUCUCACAGAGUCCAAACCUGAGACCCAGAGAGUUACUUACUCCAGACCCCAGCAGUCCGUACCCUCCAUCAGCCCCUCCACCAGCAUUAUGGGUAAAAAUUCCGCUAUAAAUACCUCAAGUAUCACAUCACCAACAUCAUCUAAAUCUUUAACACCUCUGCCUGCUCACUACGAUGUCACUGAUGGCGUUGGUGGCCUGUCCUUCAUUCCUCCUCCACUUGAAUUUGCAAACUCUGAUCCAGAAGAUGAAACUCCACCCAGCACGUACCCACCGUACCCACCUACCAACAGUAUGAGGGUUAAUUCACCUCUGAACUCCAUCACCAACAGUCCCGCUAGUCUCCAGAACACCAAACCAUACAGCAGCGCUGCACCAACCAGCGCUGCACCCAGUGUCCUGUACAAACCAAACCCCCCGUCUCAAUCCUCCACUUCAUCCUCAGCUUCAGUAAAAACACUGCCUCAGACUCUGCCCCCAUCUCCUCCCAAAAUCCAACCCCCAUCUCCACCCAAAAUCCAACCCUCAUCUCCACCCAAAAUUCAACCCCCAUCUCCACCAAAACUUCCACCCCAAGCUUUAACGCCAACACUAACCAAAUCCCCACCUCAAGCCUCUAUCCCAUCUCAGGCUCCCCCGCCCACGGCUGCAAACCAGGCCACCCUGCUCAGCAUCCUGCAGAAGAAGAUGCUGGAAAUGGAUUCCAAAUUCUCUCACACCCCUGAGGUCAGCUCUGAAUGGGACGACGAAGACGUGGGUGUCAGUCACCAACACAAUUCUGCCCCCAAACCCAAGAACCUGGUUCAGUCGGUCCAGUCAAAGGGUCUUGACAUGACGGAGCUUCAGAACAAAGUAACACAAAAAGCUCAAAGCAAACCAGCGAGCAGCAGUGGCAGCGCUUCCUCUAAGCAGCAGUUUGGAAUGACGUUCAUGGUGAGACCUGGAACCAAACAGCCCAUCACACCCGUCGCCAAAACCGAGUGAUCGUCAGCGCCACCAACAGAACGAGCUUUAAAUGCCUGGAUGUGGAGCUGAAACACGUGUUUAUGACAGGCAUCACUAAUCUUCACCUGAGAGCCAGUCUGCUCUUAUUCUUAUUGUUACAUCCAUUAAUCUGAUUAUUUAUCUUUUAUAAAAACAUCAAGUGUAUUAAUCAUUUUCUUCUGUAAAUACUGAUUAGAGAGAACGAGCGCUGAGCUCUGCACCAUAAGGUGCACUUAUAUUAUCUGUUUAUUUACUUGAUCAAGUAUUAUAUUGUUAUUAAACGUGUACAUGAACGAUCCAGAUCAGUGUAAAAUAAUCUGAGAAUAAAAAUAACAAAAUAAACUGUAACGAACUGAAUAAAUAAAUGAUUAGAA